UAUCCCACGCUGGUGGUCGGAUCGUCAGCUCAGGCAGCAGCCGAGCCAGGAGCCAUGCCACGGCUGGGACACUACAGCGAGAAGUACGAGCUGAACGGCAGCGGCUCCGAGCAGCCGGCCACCUCGUACGGUUCGUUCCGAAGGGACGAGCAGGGGGCGCUGCUCAGCCACGACCACCUGCUGAACGCCGCCGACGACGAGCUGGAGUCGCAGAACAGCGACCAUGGUCUCGUGAUGGGGCCCUUGCAGAACCAGGUGCCCCUCUUCUUCCGAGACGGAAAGCGGAGAAUCGAUUACGUGCUGGUGUACGAGGACAACGAAGGAGCACGGCUAGGUAAACACGAUGAGUGGCGGUCUACCUUCAUGGCCAACCUUCGGCAGGCCGGACUCGACAUGGAGGAGGAGCUGGUGGAGGGAGAGAACAAGUCGACGCACUUCAUCAAGCUCUCGGUGCCGUGGCCAGUGUUACUCCGCUACGCCGAGGAGCUCUGCCUGCGCGCCCCGCUCCAGGCGCAUCCAAAUCCAAGCGUCAACUGGUCGGCGGGCGUGCUGGCGGCGCUGCGAAUCCCCAACAUAAUGGAGGCCGACGUGCCCAACAAGCCACUCGACUAUUACACGUGUACCUUCAAGUGCUCCAAGCUGGACAGGUUUCUGGGCAGCGACAACCAGGACGAAUAUUUCACGGUGACGCAGCGAGUGUGUGUCGCCUACGAGAUCCUGCAGACGGCGCGCUACGGGGCGCGCCGCAAGGCGCAGAUCGGAAUCGACCGACUCAUCGAGGAAGGAGUCUACGCAGCCGCAUUCCCUUUGCACGAGGGUGACUACCGCAAACCUCCGGGCAACUCACCGCCGUCUACGUGGAACCGGCGUCAGGUCCUGUACGAAUACUGGGCGCGCUGGUCGUGCUGGUACAAAUACCAGCCACUGGACCACAUCCGGGAGUACUUUGGCGAAAAGAUCGGCAUCUACUUUGCCUGGCUUGGGUUUUACACUGGCUGGCUGCUGCCUGCCGCAGCCGUAGGUUUCCUCGUCUUUCUGUACGGAAUCUUCACCAUCAGCAACGAUGGUCCCACGAACGAGGUGUGCAGCAGUGACAAGAAGUACCGCAUGUGCCCGCGCUGUGACGAAAAGUAUGGAUGCGACUACUGGUACAUAAGCGACAACUGCAUCUUCACCAAGAUCACCUACCUGUUCGAUCACCCAGGAACUGUCUUCUACGCCAUCUUCGUCUCUUUCUGGGCCGUGACAUUCCUUGAGUACUGGAAAAGGAAGUCCGCCAGCUUGGCUCACCACUGGGACUGCAUGGACUUCGAGGAGGAAGAGGAGCGUCCUAGGCCCGAAUUCGCUGCAAGAGCAUCGCAUGUGGAGCGCAACCCAAUCACGGGGGCCAAGGAACCGGCCUUCCCCGCCCGUGUGCGCAAGCAGAGGGUCGCCGCUGGCGUCGCCAUCUUGCUCCUCAUGAUAGCGCUGGUGCUGGUGUUCAUGGUAUCUGUGAUCGUGUACCGAGUGUUGGUGUCGAUCCCUCUGUUCCGGAGUCAAUCGUUCAAGGGGCUCGCGUCAGUGAUCGCCAGCAGCUCGGGCGCGUUCGUCAACCUCAUCUUCAUCAUGAUCCUCGGAAAGGUCUACGAACGGCUCGCAUAUCGGCUCACGCAGUGGGAAAUGCACCGCACGCAGACAGACUUCGACAACAACCUCACUCUCAAAGUGUUCCUGUUCCAGUUUGUGAACUUCUAUUCGUCAAUUUUCUACAUAGCAUUCUUCAAGGGGCGGUUCGUUGGAUACCCGGGAAAAUAUGGACACCUUCUUGGCCUACGCAAUGAGGAGUGUAGCGGAAGCGACUGCCUGUCGGAGCUCGCCCAGCAGCUGGCCGUCAUUAUGGUGGGCAAGCAGAUGAUUAACAACGCACAGGAGAUCCUUGUACCGAAGAUCAAGGCUUGGUGGCAUCGACAUAGGACCAAGAUGGUGUACCAUGAGUCACUAACGCGAUGGGAGCAGGACUACCAACUCAUUCAAAACGAGGGACUCUUCCAAGAGUAUCUGGAGAUGGUGCUGCAGUUCGGCUUCAUCACCAUCUUCGUGGCAGCAUUCCCGCUGGCGCCGCUGUUCGCGCUGCUCAACAACUGGGUCGAGAUCCGGCUCGACGCGCAGAAGUUCGUCUGCGAGACACGCCGGUGCGUGCCUGAGCGUGCACAGAACAUCGGCAUAUGGUUCUCCAUCCUUGAGUUCCUAGCCAAGGCAGCCGUCAUCAGCAAUGCAUUCCUAAUCGCGUUCACCUCCGACUUUCUGACGAGGACAAUGUACCGGUACGAGUUCGACUGGGACCUCAAGGGCUACGUCAACUUCACGCUAGCGCAUGCACCAAAGGGUUCCUUAUCUCUACCAUGCAGGUACCGUGAUCUGAGGGAUGAGAACGGGAACUGGACUUUCUUUCACUGGAAGCUGCUGGCUGUACGACUAGCUUUCGUCAUUAUAUUUGAGCACGUGGUCUUCUGCGUGUGCCGUCUGAUUGACCUGGUGGUGCCGGACAUCCCAAGUCAAUUGGAGUUGAAAAUCAAGCGUGAGCGAUACCUGGCGAAGCAGGCACUCGCCGACUCGGAGACCAUCAUGAAGGUGGCGCAGAGAAAAGACGACGACGAUGACGAAGAAACAGAGGCGCCAGCAGUCUGAAGAACCAGAAUAGCGUUUUGGAUUAAGCUGGCUUAGACUACAGCGCGAGCCCGGAGCUGAACUCAACCGCAAUUUGUCUCCUGUGGGCUGUUUUCUCAACGGUUGUACUUCCGAGGCAUUGCGCUACUGCCGAGAAAUGAUGCCAGAAAAAGGGCCGUGAGCUGCGAAUGCAGCCGCUAGGCUCACCAAGCCUACAAGAGCGUGGUACCUUUAACAAUCGUGCGAGUACUUUGUGGGAACUCUGCUUUACCUCCAGCGCAUCAGGUGCUUCAUAUUAUCGUUUAAGCGCCUGCAUGAUGAUAUUGAAAUUUGGAGGGAGGCACAACUGCACACCACCCUAAUUCGCUCGAUGAAAUUCUGUCAGUAAGUAUCGUUAUACCACUUGGGUCAGAAUGAAAAGUAUUCAUCGCACUUUUCGAAUAUUCUGAAGCAAUGUUAUGUCAUUUACGAUUUCGUAACGCUGGGUCUACAUCACCCGUGGCAGUGUGGGCGAUGCAGAAAAAUGUGAAGUACAGGGUUAUUAACCGCAAAUACUAUCCAGCUUGCUCCUUUGCGCAAGAAAUGGAACAAUGAGAUAUUCAACGAGAAAAAUGACACAGCAGCAUCCAUUGCAUCAUAUGGUGGGUGAGACGAAAAUACAGCUUUUUGCCAGUUUA